AACGGGCAGAAACAGGAGAGAGAACAGGAGGAGCUGAAUGACGCUGUGGGAUUCUCCAGGGUCAUACACGCCAUCUCCAAAUCUGGAAAGUUGGUGGUUGGCCACAACAUGCUGCUGGACGUCAUGCACACCAUCCAUCAGUUCUACUGCCUACUGCCAGAGGACCUGAAUGACUUUAAAGAAGUCACUCAGUGUGUCUUCCCCAGGCUGUUGGACACCAAGCUCAUGGCCACUACGCAACCUUUCAAGGAGUUGAUCAACAUCACGUCUCUAGCAGAGCUGCAGAAACAGCUGAAAGAGAGCCCCUUCAAAUCUCCUAAAGUUGUGACGGCGGAGGGGUUCCCCAGCUACGAUACAGCCCAGGAACAGCUCCACGAGGCGGGCUACGAUGCCUUCAUCACUGGUCUCUGCUUCAUCUCCAUGGCCAACUACCUAGGUACUUUCCUGACUCCCCCCAGAGCCCACAUCCCAUCCCAAUCGAAACUCAUCCAACCCUUCGUCAACAAACUGUUCCUGAUGAGGAUCAUAGAUAUUCCCUACCUCAACAUCAGCGGACCAGACCUCCAGCCCAAGAGGGAUCAUGUUCUGUAUGUCACCUUCCCUAAGGAGUGGAAGACCAGUGACCUCUACCAGCUGUUCAGUGCCUUUGGUAACAUCCAGGUGUCGUGGAUUGAUGACACGUCAGCAUUUGUAUCUCUGAGUCAGACUGACCAGGUUCAGAUCGCGAUGAACACCAGUCGCUAUGCGGAGAGCUACCGUAUCCAGACGUAUGUAGAGUAUGUCCAGGGCAGGCAGCAGGUCAGGGAGAGCCAGGGCCAUUCUACCUCGUCCUGGGACGAGGACGGCUGGGUUAAACCGCACUACACCUCCCCCUCUACAGUUGGUGCUGGUCCUACUGGCUACAGCUACGGUCACAACAGGCCGUCGUUGGGGAAACGCUGCGUCAGUCCGAUCCAGGAGGAGCAGCCUACAGAGGGAGAGGCUCAGAGACACGCUGACGGAUGGAGUGGUUACACACACUCUAACACACACUCCGACACGGGCAGCAAGAAGAUCAGGACCGAUGGGGUGUGUGUACGGACGUAUGCAGGAGUAGUGGACAGUAGGACGUCAGAAGGCUGGCUGAAAACUCAGUCUGAGUCUGAUUCGUCGAGCAUGAGUCCGAUCCAGGAAGAGGCGGGGUCGGAGGCGGUAGACGACGCUAGUGAUCCGGCGGCGGGCGAAUGGCAACAGCAGCCUUCAACCAAUCAGAGCAAGAAGAGCCGCAAGGACAACAGGAUGAGGAAGAGUGAUGGUGCAGAGACGACGUCUUCUCUGUUCGACGUACCUCAGGUCUGGUAGCGAUGGAACCCGAGCUCCUGGCUCCUUACCACCUGGGUUCCUACUUCCUACCCCUGGCCACUUGACUCCUACCCCCUAGGACCGGGUUUGGAACGAGGCCUGAAGUUUCAACCAGCUGCACUUAUCUGACUGGCUGAGAGAAACGAAGCCAUAAAUCAUGAUAGGAGUCCUCAGCAUGUGGUAUAGCAGGAUAUUCACCCUAAUCCGUAUAUAGUACACUACUUUUAACUACGGCCAAUAGAGCUCUGGUUCAAACUAGUGCACUAUGGAUUGUUGUGUCCCAAAUAUUUUUUCACUGCUUUUUUUGUUGUUGCUCGCACUGUUUUUCAUUUCUGAUUGAUUGAUAAAUCCCUGUAUCGUGAUGGAUUAGGUAGUUACCACUCUGCAUGUUGUGGCGCUACUGGCAGCUGUUCAGUACAGAGAGAGAGAGAGAGAGAGAGAACUCACACCCAGGCUCUACUCUCCUAACCCACCAGGCUCUGAAAUGGCAGCUUGAUCUCUGUUCCACUACUCUUAACCAGGGUCUAUAGCGCUCUGGUCAAAACUAGUGCUCUAUAUAGGGGAAUGGGGGCCAUUUGGUUCAGUCUGAUCUCUGUUCCACUACUCUUAACCAGGGUCUAUAGCGCUCUGGUCAAAACUAGUGCUCUAUAUAGGGGAAUGGGGGCCAUUUGGUUCAGUCUGAUCUCUGUUCCACUACUCUUAACCAGGGUCUAUAGCGCUCUGGUCAAAACUAGUGCUCUAUAUAGGGGAAUGGGGGCCAUUUGGUUCACAGCCUGGGUCUGUGUUCCAUGAGGAUCAACGUUAUUCAUCUAGAAAUACACUAUCUAGAUUUGAUGCACUUCUUUGUUCUAUAGAAGAGGGAAUUGUGUCAUGGUGUGGUGUGUGUUUUCUACGUUGUAUCAUCCUGAACACCAGGCCAGGCUCGUUGUUCCACGACCUCCUAGUUACUGUCACCGAGUCUGAAAUCUUUCCCCUCACUGUGUCUGUUACCGGUGCCAAACCGGUUUAGUUUUAACCGUAAAAAAAUGUUGCCUCCGUGUCCCGUUCAUCGUGAACCAUCAUUAAGUGUCUCUUAAACCCCCCCCCCCCCCCCCCAAUGCCACUUGACUGAUUCUAGUGUAACACUGUCCUGGUGCUGUAGUAGGAUUUUAAAUGUAGUUUAAUUAACUUCCUUUUUUAAAAUAUGUAUAAAGUUAAAGCCCCUCCCCUCGAAUUUUAUAGAUCCUGCUGGAACCUUCUCUAAUAGUGUGUUCUAAAUGGCUCCCUGUGCAGUGUACUAGGAAAUAGGGCCCUGUGUAGUGCAGUGUACUAGGGAGUAGGGCCCUGUGUAGUGCAGUGUACUAGGGAGUAGGGCCCUGUGUAGUGCAGUGUACUAGGGAGUAGGGCCCUGUGUAGUGCAGUGUACUAGGGAGUAGGGCCCUGUGUAGUGCAGUGUACUAGGGAGUAGGGCCCUGUGUAGUGCAGUGUACUAGGGAGUAGGGCCCUGUGUAGUGCAGUGUACUAGGGAGUAGGGCCCUGUGUAGUGCAGUGUACUAGGGAGUAGGGCCCUGUGUAGUGCAGUGUACUAGGGAGUAGGGCCCUGUGUAGUGCAGUGUACUAGGGAGUAGGAAGCCAUUUUGUGAAACAACGAGGUGUUUUUUUUGGCGUGGUUGGUCUUUUCCCUACAACAGACAGUCUAGUGGCAUUAUUACUUUUGUAUGGACAACUUUUUUGUUGUGGCGUUUAAAUGUCUUUAUUUUUGUGGUCUUUACUUUCCCCUCGUUGUAACGUCCUCCCCUUGCAACUGUGUCAAAUAUUGUAUCAAUGCAAAACGUGUUAAAGAAUACGCUGUUUUUGUAUGUAAAAUGUCGAAACAAAUAUUUCCUUAUGAACAGGAACAAUUAAAGAACGUUUUCUUAGUAA